CUUGUUUACCAUGUCGGAAUUCAGUUAUCUCUGUACUCCACGGACUAUUCCAUAUAAGUACAAAACAGUUAUUCAAAUCUUCAACGAAAUGACAACAUCAUUUCCAAACAAAGAGAUUCUCAUUUAUCGAGGUAUUGACGGAACCCGGGAAAGCUUGACUUGCCGUCAACUUCAGACGCAGGCAACAAAGUUAGCAGGUUAUCUCGUCAGAAAAGGAAUUAAGAAGGGAGAUAAAAUUGCACUCUCUGGGCCGAAUACUCUAGAAUGGGUGAUCGCAGAUUUAGCAAUAAUCAUGGCGGGGGGUGUUGUUGUUCAUGUGCCCUUCAGCAAUACCGACGCCAGAGAUGUUUACGAAAUAACUUCAUUCGCUGACUGUAAGGCCUUUUUGAUAGAUCCAGGAAGAAGCGAUAUAUAUUUAGAUAUGAUUUUACAAGUUAUUGCUCUCAUUCGUCGACAAUAUCCUAGUGAAGACAGCACCGAUGGAGACUCGGAUGAUUUAGCUUUGGUGUUUCUCAGAAAAAGCGAGCAUCUAACUUCAUAUGAUGACCUUCCUGGAAUAUUGCAGUUGAAUGAAAGCGAUGUUCAAUUUCCAACCCUCUACCCUGAAGAUGAAAUUGUGAUUUUCACGACGUCUGGAAGCACUGGAAAGCCUAAAAUGAUUCCUAAAACACACUUUUACGCAGCUAACAAUAGUGUGAUCUUCUCUGGGAAAACGUACAAUGAUCGACCAUUUGCUUGGGCAGCCGGACCUCCCAUUUUCACAGUGUACCAAGGGGAACCUAGAGUAUUCUGCGAUUCAUCAGUCGCAACAGAAGGACGUAACACAAUGAAGAUAUGGGAAAUAAUCAAAGAAGAACAGUGCACAUCGGCAUUAUUGUUACCCUACUUUCUUUUAGAUCUGGUAGCUCACGAAGAAAAUUACAAAGAUCCGUUCAAACUUAACGUGGUCAUCACAACUGGACAGCCGAUUAACAAUCUCCACACGAAGGUCGCUGGCAUAUUUACCAGAACUUUGAAAUAUGGAUACGGGUCAACCGAGGCAUAUUGGAAUUCUGUACUUUCACCUGUUAAUACUGCUUGUGAAAUGAAAGCUGGUGACGUAGGAACACCACUUCCAGGAUUUGAAGUCAAAAUCAUUGAAGAAGAUGGAAAUGUUUUGAGAAAAGGGGAGAAUGGGGAGCUUUGUAUACGAGGCAUAUGUUGUUUCGAGAAAUAUUACAAGAACACAGAGUUAACUGAUGCAGUUCUUUUGCCUGGAAAGUGGUUUCGUUCUGGCGACAUUGCGCACAUAAAUGAAGACGAUCAUAUUAUAAUCAUGGGUCGGAAGAAGGAAUGUAUUUCUCGAGGUACAAGGAAAAUUCUGCCAAGUAGUAUCGAAGAAGUCGUUCUAACAAAAAAUGGCAUCAAAAUUGUGAUUGUGGUUGGUGUACCUGACAAGCGUUUAUACGAGGAAAUCUGCGUUUGUUAUGUCACAGACCCGCAGCAUAACAUUUCCCCAACCGAUGUAGAGCAGUUUUGCAUGGAGAAGUUAAUUGGGUACGACGCCAUCGAUGGUCUUGGAGAAAUGCCAAAAUAUUUUCUCCGAUUUCAUAGUCUGCCGAUGCUUGGUAAUGGAAAAAUCAACAAAAAGCAGUUGAGAAUCGAUGCCAUUCAACAGCUGGAAUUAACUGACGAGAUGGAAGGAUAACUCUUGAUAUCAAAUACCACAAACUAAAGUUGAAUCUUGUAUUUUUAGCAAGUAGCGGAAAUGUGAUUAAAAGUUCUUCGGUUUUUCUUCUUCUAAAAACGUCUUUUUUCUAUGACAUAUGUCAUAAAUUAACAUGUAUGUUUACUCCAAAUUGAAUAAUUCAAAUGCAUAUUUAUUCAAUUGAUUUAAAGUUAAAACUAAUUGUUUUAUUGCAGUUGUGUUAUAUAAAAUGUAUACGAAUUGUAGA